AUGUACCAGACUGUUAUCAACCGAAUCCUCCCACUCCUUCCCACUACACCCGCGGCCCAGAUGAGCAUUCUUUCCAAGCAAUGGGAAGGCCUUAGGUCUUCAGUUUUUGUACUAGAUUUUAAUGAGGGCCACGUUCAUCAUAACUUUGAUGAUCAACGUCCAAGAAACUUCAUCAAAGAUUGGGACAGGUAUUUAGAUCAAUUCCGUGAGAAUGACAAGCAGCUCUUAUACAAAUUCAAGCUUCACAUGAGGUACUUCGAUGGAGACGCAACUAUUGUAUGUAAGUGGUUAAACUUUGCAAUUGAGAGAGGUGUCAACGAGUUGGAUAUCAGCCUUCCAAAGGAAAACUGGGAGGACAAGGUAGAAUGCAAACCAAACACGAAGUAUUUCUGCCACAUACCAGAUAAGUUCUUCUCUUUAUCUUUAGAAACCAUUGGUAAUGCUGCAAAAUCUCUAACUAGUUUAAAUUUGGAGUAUGUGGAAAUAAAUCGUCAGUGGAGAUAUUCUGUUGAUAUAACCCUUCCAUCCUUGAAAAGUUUGUCCAUGAAAAAAGUAGAAUUGGAUAACUUCACUGAUUUCUUCAAACAUAACUUCAAGUGCCCUUCCAUCGAGUACUUGUCAUUAACGUCAUGUAACUUGCGGGACUAUUCUGUUUCAAGGUCCAGUCUCAAAUCCUUGAAAAUUAUACUCUGCACUUGUGAGGAGAAUGAAGUUGCUGCUAAGAAUCUGGAAUCUUUUAAAUUUGUUUCAAGUACUUCGGAUCAAAGGUGCACAGCGAAGCACGUCACUCUCAGAGAGGCUAAGCACCUGAGAAACUUUGUAAUAUGGGCAGGCCAAGAUAAUGUGGAGGCCACAAUCAUUAUCCCAAAUAUUUCUUUAUCAUUCAGUGGUUUUUUGAAGGCUAGCGCUUGGGCUGCAAAGUUAUGGGAGGCUAGCAUCACACUUCCAGACAUUGAAUUACCCACAACUGCUCAUUGGACCACCUUUCUUCUCUACGAGAUUAUCUUGAAAGUUUUGACUGCUCCAGAAAAAUUACACUGA